AUGAAUCAAAAUUAAAGGAAAUUCGUUAGAUGUUUCAAUUGUCAAAUAAAGCCUGCUACUAUAAAAUGCUUUGAUUGCAAUGAAAAUGAGCCUACUAAAUUAUGUUAUCACUGCGAUUCUACUUUACAUCCAGAUCAAGACCAUCAAAAACAGAUUAUACCUUAUGAUUAAAUGGUAUCAAAUGAAGAGAGAACUCAUUCUAUUACUCCAGAGAAGUAAUAGGAUGUCACACCUCAUUUAAGUUCAAUCUUGAGGUCCAGAAUCAGAAAAAACGAGGAGAAUACUAAUUUUACAAAUAAUGAAGAAAUUUUAAAUAAGAACCAACUUAAAUCAGUAGAGUUAAAAUUUAGAAUCAAGUUUCAGGAGCAGGAAAACACAAUUAAUUUAUUGAAAUAGCAUAUUGAAAAUAUAGAGAGCAAACACAAAGAGAAUUUGUCAAAAAUGAGAGAUCAAUUAAUUAAAGCAUAAGAUGAAGCAUUAAAAAAAUAAGAAGAAACAGCCAACGAAUUGAUUAAAGUAAAGAAAUAAUAUGAGGAUAAAAUUGCAUAAUACGUAUCAUAAAUUGAAAGCGAGACCUAGUUUAAUAAUUCUCUAUAAACAAAAUUAGAUGAAUUAAGAAACACUCACUAAAUAAAACAAUAGGAAUCUUAACAAAUUAUUGCCUAAUUGAGAGCUGAAAUAGAAAGGAGAAAGUUUUAGGAAGAACAAAUAAGAAUAGAGGCAGAGAAUUAGGUGAUCCAAAUUAAGAAAGAAUCUCAAUAAGAAAUAGAAAAAAGUAUAUCUCUUCUCAAAAAUGAUUGCUCAACCUAAGUUGAAGAAUAUAAAUAAAAAUUAACAGGUAAACAAGAGCAAGUUGUAUCUCUAUAAUCUUAAAUUUAACAAUUAUAAGGUACUUUAAAAGAUAUCGAAGGAGUCUGGUAGAAGAAACUACAAUUUGAAUAAUAAUAAUAUGAUGAAUUAAGAUAAAAGUACAAUUAAUAAGGAGAAGAGUGCGAAAUACUAUUGAAAGAUGUUAGAAAUCUGUAAUCAGAGAUAAUGAUAUAUCAAAAGGAAAAUGAACUAUUUCAAAAAGAGAAAUUGGGUUUAACUAAACAGUUGAAUUAACAAUUAGAAAAAAAUGAGAAAAUGGAUAGAUUUAUCUAUGGUUCAAGAAAAUCAUAGAUAAAAAUAAAAAUAUGA